AAAUUCUAUAUGUUGUACCACCAUCAUGAUAUAUAGGAACGAUCAUAAUUUGCAGCCCGACACACCUUCAAUGAAUCACCGUCACCGUCAUGAUCAAUCGAGUACUGGACACCCUGAUAAGCACUGGUGAAUUCCUGGUGCCAUGGCUCACGCUAUUCUUGUCCUUCAUGAAGGUGCCUCAUCUUGUCAGAUGAUUCCCUACCAGGCCAUUGCCAAUAGCUCUUGGCUCCCUUUGCAGCAAGAUCCAUGCCACGCUGUUUUCUCACCUGACUGUCGUGGUAGGCGUCAAAAGAGAAUAUUAUUAAGAAAGAACAUCCUGACUGGAGGAGGCUAAAAAGAGUGCAGUCAUCAAGGCCUUCCGGUUGUGUUUCUUAUCUUUUGGAACGAUGUCUGCUCUCGACGAUUCAAAGACGGGUGAAACUACCAGCGCAAUCGGCGACUUCAAGGUGCCUCUGGACGUACCCCAUCAUGCCGCGUGUGCCCGUGACGAUCUUGAACGGAGAUUGCUGAGGAAGCUCGAUUUGCGCAUGUCCAUAAUCGUGGUUAUCUUUACUCUCAAUUAUAUCGACAGAUCAAAUGUUUCCAAUGCUCGGUUACAAGGUUUUGAGCAGGAUCUACACCUGCAGGGGCAACAAUACGCCACGAUCUUGUCAAUCCUUUUCGUCGGAUACAUCAUUAUGCAAGUGCCAGCAAAUAUGUUUCUGUACUGGCUGGGGAGACCUUCGAUAUUUCUUCCAUCUUGUAUGUUGGUAUGGGGUGCAAUAUCGGCAUUAACAGGAAUCACAAAGAAUUAUGCGGGGGCUGUCCUCGCCCGUUUCUUUCUUGGAUUUGCCGAGGGACCUUUUUACCCUGGAAGUUUGUUUCUUAUAUCUCAGUGGUACAAGCGAGACGAACUCGCCUUGAGAGUAGCUCUCAUUUCCUGCGGAAUCCCGAUCAGCAAUGCUUUCGGAUCCCUGAUUGCAUCUGGCAUACUUCAAGGCAUGCAGGGGAAACUUGGUCAAGCUGCAUGGAGAUGGUUGUUCUACGUCGAGGGUAGCGUUACGAUGUUCGUCGCAAUUUGCGCGAUGUUCAUACUCCCUGAUUUCCCGCACAACACGAGAUGGCUCACUCCGGAGGAAAAAGCACUUGCUAUCUCUCGUCUUGCAGAAGAUGGUGAUAGUAGGACUGAGCCUUCGAACAAGACGAGCAUGCAAGGACUGUGGGAUGCUUUGUCUGACUGGAAGGUGUGGUGGUUUACAGUCGCAUACGCUAUCCAGCUAUUAUCGCAGUCAUUCUUCGCUUACUUCCCGACGCUCAGCGCAACUAUGGGAUAUAACACGACAGUAUCUUUGUUGCUCUGCGCUCCUCCAUGGGUGUUCUCUACAAUAGUUGCAUUUGCUCUUUCGAGGUACUCUGAUAAGAAGCAAAGGCGUUACAUAUACUUUGCUGCCUCCAAUGCAGUGACAGCCCUUGGAUUUAUCAUAUCAAUCUGUACGAUGAACACUGCUGCGCGUUAUCUUUCGCUGUUCCUGAUGGCUCAAGUCUACGCCGGUUACAUGGUGUUCUGGGGAUGGGUCAACAAUACUUGGUCCCAAGAACCCGCGAAGCGAGCUGUUGCUCUUGCUUUGAUUAAUGGACUGGGGUCGAUAGGAAAUAUUACUGGAUCGUAUGUUUGGCAGUCUCACUGGGGCCCGACAUAUCGGUAUUCCUAUGCCGUCUGCCUGUCAACAAUUGGGGUUUCAACGGGCAUGCUUGGUGUGAUGCAUCUGUAUCUGAAACAUCUGAAUAAGCAGAUGGUGAGGAAGGACUCGGAGCGGGAUGGGAAGGAUAACGAGGGUCUUGGAGGCCCCGUUGGUUUUAGAUAUUUAGUGUAGUAGGAUGGGGACAGAAAGUAUUUACUUCGAACAAUUAUCUGCCAAAUACACAAG